AUGAUGGAGGAACGCGAAAAUGCUAUGGAAUGUAUGGAUCUCAAUUGCCUCUGUCCAUUCUUGCAUGGAUCAUUAACGAGUUCGGGAUGCUACUUACCGAAUGGCCAGAAACUGAGCAUGGCUGUGCGUAAGGAGUAUCGACAGCUAAGCAACGAAGAACGAACGCGCUUCCACAGUGCACUAGAAAGGCUUAAACGAAGCGGCGAGUACGAUAAAAUUGCCCAGUGGCAUACGAAACCGGAGAUGAGCGGAGGUGCACAUUCUGGACCUGCUUUCCUACCCUGGCAUCGUGAAUAUAUCAAAAGGUCACACACUGACAAAUUUUUUCUUAUUUUUAUGCGUUUUUGCUUUGCAGCGCUGUAGUG